CCUUGUUAAUUACCGGAGAAACCAACCAGGGAGCUGCGCCUGGGAUUUGCCCGACUGCAGUGGCCCCAGGUUCGCGUUUCUCCUUUAUCUCUCCCGCUGCUGUCUAGUAGGUGCACUGCUGGCCUGUUCGCAGGAUGGACAUGAUGGACGGCUGCCAGUUCUCACCUUCUGAGUACUUUUACGAUGGUUCCUGUAUCCCGUCCCCUGAGGGUGAGUUUGGGGAUGAGUUCGAGUCACGAAUGGGUGCCUUCGGGGCGCACAAAGCAGAGCUGCAGGGCUCAGACGAGGACGAGCACGUGCGAGCGCCUACCGGCCACCACCAGGCUGGUCACUGCCUCAUGUGGGCCUGCAAAGCGUGCAAGAGGAAGUCCACCACCAUGGAUCGGCGGAAGGCAGCCACGAUGCGUGAGCGGAGACGCCUGAAGAAGGUCAACCAGGCUUUCGAGACACUCAAGAGAUGCACCACGACUAACCCCAACCAGAGGCUACCCAAGGUGGAGAUCCUCAGAAAUGCCAUCCGCUACAUCGAGAGCUUGCAGGAGCUGUUGAGGGAACAGGUGGAGAACUACUACAGCCUGCCGGGACAGAGCUGCUCAGAGCCCACCAGCCCCACCUCCAACUGCUCAGAUGGCAUGCCUGAAUGUAAUAGUCCUGUCUGGUCCAGAAAGAGCAGCAGUUUUGACACUGUCUACUGUCCCGAUGUGUCAAAUGUAUAUACUACAGAUAAAAGCUCCUUAUCCAGCUUGGAUUGCUUGUCCAGCAUUGUGGAUCGGAUCACCUCCUCAGAGCAACCUGGGUUGCCUUUCCAGGACCCAGCCUCUCUCUCUCCAGUUGUCAGCACUGAUUUGCAGCCUGCAACUCCAGGGGCUUCUAGUUCCAGGCUUAUCUAUCACGUGCUAUGAACUAAAUACCUAGUCUGAAUCAGUUUUGCCAGGAGGGCCCAUUA